AAACUCGUAAAAUAAAAAUAAAAAGGGAGCCCGGAGCGGCAACAAGCCAAUAUACACAACGCCUCUCGCCGACCUCCCCCACCCCCAGAUGCCGGCCACGGCGAGCGGCGGCGCGCGGGCGGAGGAGGCAGCAUCGGCGCUUUCGCUGUCUUCCUCCGCACCUUUCUGCAUGGGGACGCGGCCGGAGGAGCUCGCGGCCAGGCUGGUGGCCGGGGGCCCCGGCGGCGUCGGCGGGCCAGGAGGAGGACGCGGAGAGGGAGGGGAGGGGGAGCACGAGCGGGUGCUCGCGCUGCGCGAGAUCAAGAACCAGAUCAUUGGGAACCGGACCAAGAAGCUCCUCUACCUCCGCCUGGGCGCCGUGCCGGCGGUCGUCGCGGCGCUGGCCGAGCCCGGCGCGUCUCCGGCCGCGCUCGUCCAGGCGGCGGCCGCGGCGGGGAGCUUCGCUUGCGGCGUGGACGAUGGCGCGCGGGCCGUGCUUGCUGCUGGCGCCGUGGGGCACCUUACGCGGCUCCUCGCCCACCCCGACGACAAGGUUGUCGAUGCAUGUGCCCGUGCUCUCAGAAUGAUAUAUCAAUCAAAACAAGCUCCAACGUUUGAUGUCAAUAAUGAGAAAAAUAUGGACUUUCUUCUUUCCCUUUUGGACAGCGAGAACGAAAAUGUUACUGAGCUGGCUGCUAAUAUUAUAUCAUACUCUUGCAAUAGCAAUACAGAACAAUUAGCACUAUGUGGUGCUGGAGUUCCACAGAAACUUGUUAGUCUUUUUGGAGGUUCUAUGAAUCUACGGGAUGCUUGCUUAGAAUCUAUGACUGCAAUCAUAAGAAAUAACUGGGAAGUUGCUUCAAGGUUUGCAUCAAUGGAUCACGGAAAAGCUUUCCGUUCAAUAGUUGCGUUAAUACACGAUCGGAGCCCGCGCACAAGGCUACUUGCUUGUCUGUGCUUGAUUGCACUUGGUCAUGCUUCUCCCUGUCAUUUUCUGGACAGACAAAUUAAAACGAAGUUGAUUCUGGUCUUACUUGAGCUCAUUGAAGAACCUGGUCAUGUGGGAGAUGAGGCUCCCUUGGCACUAACUACGCUUAUAAAGGACAGUGUGGAACUGCAGAAACAAGCCUUUUCAACAAAUGCAGUUGCGAAGCUUAGCAACCAUUUGUUAGCAAAUACAUCGCAGACAAGGCGGGCAGUGACCAUAUUGCUUGCUUUAGCUGAACUUUGCUCAAAACAAGAAGAGUCAAGAUCUCAACUUUUGUCAGGCCAGGUAUCAACAUUGAUACUUGAUGCGUUGAAGCACGAUUGUGCGGAUAUUCGUGUUGCAGCAUGUUCAUGCCUGAAGAAUAUUUCUAGGUCAUCGAAGGUGCUUAGUGCAGGCCGCUUAUCCUGUGAUACAGUUAUUGCCCCCUUAGUCCAGCUUUUGUACGACUCAUCUACUUCAGUUCAGAUUGCUGCCCUGGGUGCUAUUUGCAACAUUGCAGUGAAUUUAACACCCAGGAAAUCGGUUCUUCUUCAUUCUGGGGUCGUCUCCCAACUUGUUCAUUUAUCCAAGUCGAUGGAUCCAACAUUGAGACUAAAAUCUGUGUUGGCUCUGAGGAAUAUUAUGUUCCUUAUGAAUCCCAAGGAUAAAGACCUCAUUCUGAAGGAGCUAACUGUAUCUACUCUCUCAAGCCUCAUAUGCGAUUCUGAACAUUCUGUUCAGGAACAGACCUUAGCGCUGGUACAGAAUCUUCUUGAUGGAUAUGUGGAUUCUGUUAACUACGUCACUGGUGAAGAUGGCAUGGUUAUAAAUGCAAUCUCAAGACAACUGAACAGCGCGUCUGCCACAGGAGUUUGCAUCCAGGGUAUGUUGGUGCUUGCAAAUAUGGCAGCUGGGAAUGAAUUAAACAAGGAAGCUGUAAUGGAUGUUACUGUUCCUCACCGGGCAGAUCGCAUCAAACCAUCUUUUGUGGUCAACUUUCUGCAGAGCAAGGAUAAACAAUUGAGAGUUGCAACCUUGUGGUGCAUUCUGAACUUAAUUUACCCAAACAGUGAUUCUUCAUCUACUCGAGUAGCCCGACUCCAAAAUGCUGGUGUAAUCUCACAAGUAAAAAACAUGAUAAAUGACCCCUGCUUGGAUUGCAAGCUUAGAGUACGUAUGGUGCUUGAACACUGCUUAGACAAUGCCACUGCCGGUUUCAUGUGAUGGGUUGGCAAGCCAUUGAAGUUUACGGACCACCAUACACCAUACAGCAAUUGGGCAAAGGAAAGCUGGGCGUGCUUGGCACCGAGAUGCACCCCAUAAGCGCGAAGUCCUUACUGGUCUCUCCCUGUAUUGAGCCUAUCACAGUAAUUUUUUCUCACGAGAACCCGAUGGCACAUGCCACCUAGAGAACCUGAGCUGCUUGCUUGCGACCUGAAGGCCAUAGGCACCAGGUCCAGAGAAUCCCAUUUUGUAGUGCCACAAGAACCUUUGGGUUGUGUUGUGACGAAGAGUGUAUAAUCGAUCCACUGCUGUUGCUGUUGUAAAAUGCAGUUAUCUCUUACAAUGAUCGGUCUGUUUUAUUGCCUGA